CCAGUGUACAAACUUGACUGAGAAGCAAUGUCUGAGCAAACCAAGCCCGUGCUCCAUGGAUACUUCAGAAGCUCUUGCUCAUGGCGGGUGCGCAUUGCUUUCGCCCUGAAGGGUAUGGAAUAUGACCAGGUGCCCGUCAAUCUGAUCAAAGAUGGAGGUCAGCAGCUCACAGAAGACUACAAGACUUUAAACCCAAUGCAGCAAGUACCCGCAGUUGAAAUUGACGGCGUCACCCUUUCUCAGUCGUUGGCGGUAAUCCAGUACAUUGAUGAAACAAGGCCCGAACCGCGUCUCCUGCCCUUGGACCCCAAAAAGAGGGCUCAGGUUCGGAUGAUAAGUGAUCUCAUAGCUUCUGGGAUUCAACCUCUGCAGAAUCUACACGUGAUCCAAAAGAUUGGCGCAGAGAAGGUGCAGUGGGCGCAAUACUUCAUUAAUCGAGGUUUUGAAGCUCUUGAGCCUCUGCUGAAGCAAACUGCUGGGAAGUAUUGUGUCGGCGAUGAGAUAUCCAUGGCUGACAUCUGUCUGGUCCCACAAGUCUACAAUGCAGAGAGGUUUCAAGUGAACAUGAGCUUGUAUCCAACUAUCCAAAGGCUAAAUCAAACCUUAAUGAAGAUUGACGCGUUCCAAGUGAGCCAUCCGUCAUGCCAGCCGGACACACCCGUUGAGCUGCGAGCGUAGGAGAAACAGCGCGCUGCCGCACUUUGUAGGCCUUGAAAUAAAACGCUUUGAACAUAA